AUCGUAACCUGCCGAGCGUGUCUCGAUCCACUGGAGGACCCCAUCUCCCUAAGUUGUGGCCAUUGCUACUGCCGGCCUUGUCUGAAUCAUCUUGUCAGCGUUGGUAUCGCCAACAAAAUGUCGUGGCCUCCAAAAUGCUGCGGUGGUUGGCAGCCCGUAGAUGUGGGCCCACUUCAGCAGUAUCUUGACCAAGAAGUUCUCUCUCGCUAUCUUGAUGUGCAGGAAGAAUACUCAACCCCCAACCCGGUCUACUGUUCAAACAAAUUCUGCAGUCGUCACAUUCCCUUGACCCAGAUCCAGAACACCACGGAAAAGUUUGUUUUGUGCAGCAAAUGUGGUGUCCAAACCUGUGCCGAAUGCAAACAAGGACGCGACGGCCAUGUGGGGGGUGAUGGAACCACCUGCAAGGGUCUUGAGGAUUUAAUGGACGUGAGAGAUCGUCAACUUGCUAGAAGCAAGCAAUGGAAGCAAUGUCCUGGCUGCAAGAAUCUGGUCGAGAGAAUUGACGGCUGCAGCAACAUGAAUUGCUCGUGUGGAUCGCGUUUCUGUUACAAAUGUGGAGUGAACAUGAACAACACAGCUUACUGUCGCUGU